UCUCUUGUGGUAACGCAGGCUCACUGCUUCGACAUAUUUAAUUCUGGUCUUCCGCCAGAGGGCGAUAUUGUUUUGAGGGAUUUCGAACUGAGCUAGCACUAGUCUACUCUUCUCCCUGCUCUUGUUUAUGGUUGUUGACGUUGUUAGGUUGAUUUUAUCGUUGUCAGGGGCACAGCGUUGCCCAGGGGCAUAACGUUAGCUAACAGUUGCUACAAGAACAAUGGAUUAUCAUUGUCCUGUUGUACGUUUUUGUGUUCUCGGAUGUUUAACACUUAAUGAAUACGGGUUGUAAUUUUAUUUUAUCAAAUUAAAAUAGAUUACAACGACACGGCAUAGCCUUUCGUGUCAAGGCAGUCUGAAGCACUAUUAAUAUAACCUGCUUGUAUGCUAUAGUAAUACUAGGCCUAGCUAAAUCGCUGACGUUGUUAGCGGUUACACUUUUUCUCUGACGUCGUUAGUUGUAGCUACGUGUUGGCUAAUUAGCUAGCAAUUUGAGAUUAAAUUAAAUCUCUGCAUAAUGUUGUUACCAGCUAUCGUAAACGUUAGCUAACGCUACUACUGUACAGUACUGUACUAGUGUAGUGAAAGAAGUCAGCGAAGUAACCUGUCAGUAAGUCUGGACUACCUAAAUGUUCAGUCUGACAUUUAAUACUACUACUAGCUAGUCAUGGAUUAUAGCAAUAGACAACAUAUACAUUCCGAAAUGGACGAUGAAUCUCAGGAAAGCUUGGAGUCGUCACCGUCGUUUUUGCCCUCGCAUGGCAGGGAGCGGAUUCAGAUCCAGAAGAGUAGUGUCUGCUCCCGGGCAUACUUCGUGGUGGUCAUGGUCUUCUUUCACGUCUAUAUCAUAAACGUAAUUGGUCUGCUUCUUUACGUACAUUAUAAUAACAGCCCAGGGGAUACUGUCAGCGACGUGGACGCAUCUCCGGCAUCUAGCGGGGUUGCCAGCCGUCUGUCCCCUUCAGACCCACCUCAGCAAGACCCUGACAUUGAUGUCAGUCAAAGCUUCAGUCUUCCACGUAUCGAGGGGAUACGGGUGGGUCAUGUCCAGAGGGUGUCACUCAUGCCUGACAGAAGCCAUGAGAUGAAGACUCUCAGCCUCAAGCCUCUGUUAUUUGAGAUCCCUGGCUUCCUGUCUGAGGAGGAGUGUGGCGUGGUUGUUCAGCUGGCCCAGCUGAAGGGUCUGAUGGAGAGUCAGGCCACAGCUCCACCGGGAGGACUGGAGGACGAACUACAGCCGCCUCUCUCCCUCCGGCCCAAGGAGACCUUCAGCCUGCUGGACCUGGAUCAGGACGGACUACUGCAGAGACAGGAGAUUCUGAGUCACUCACGUUCACGGGACGGCACCUGGCUGAAACCAGAGGACCUACGACAGAUCCUCACCAGGCUUGAGAACAGCCCUGCAGGUGUGUUGACCCUAGAGGAGUUCAGGUGUUUGUGCCAAGGCAUGUCCCAGCAUCCCUUGCAACAGCAGCAGGAAGGUGGAACAAGGCAGGGCCAACCUAAGCGGAAGAGCCAGCACACCUGGCUUUACCAGGGCCCCGGAUCACACCAUGUACUACACACAAUACGGAAAAGGGUGACCCACUUGGCACGCUUGCCCUCGCCACUGGUAGAGCUUAGCGAACCACUGCAGGUGAUUCGCUAUGAGCAGGGAGGCUUCAGCCACGCCCACCACGACAGUAGCCCCUCCAGCACGGAGACCACAUGCUCUCACACGCGCCUGGCCGGAAACACCACAGCAAACACGGAGAUCUCGUGCAGGUACAUCACUGUGUCUCUCUACCUAAACUCUGUGGAUGGGGGCGGACUGACCACCUUCCCUGUGGCAGACAAUCGCACCUACAAGGAGGAGGCACUAGUGCAGGAUGGCGUGGAUCUGACCGACACGCAGCACAGCUGUGACAGAGGAAAUCUCAGGGUGAAGCCGACUGCUGGGAGUGCUCUGCUCUGGUACAACCAUCUCUCGGAUGGAAAAGGUUGGAUGGGGGAGCUGGAUGAGUACUCCCUCCACGGGGACUGUCCUGUGACCCGCGGGGUGAAGUGGGUGGCCAACAGCUGGGUGAACGUUGAUCCGGACCACCAACGCCAGGCCCGCUACCAGAGACUGGUGACCCACAGACAGGAGGACGAGUCAGGCAAAGAGCAGCUGGAGCCCCGUCUCCAUCGCAACGACAUCCAUCAAGACCUCUAGUACUUUACUAGGAUCGCAGGGAACAUACUAUGGGGAGAUGCACAAUUACUUUAAGCUGGAGGUUUCAAGCAAAUUUUGCCCCAGGGGCCAUUUUUGGAAUGUAUCCUGGUCCCGCGAAAUGCACUGAUAUCUUGCCGGCAAAGUUGGCUAAAAAGAAUCCUUUGCCCAUAAAUUUUGGGAAAUUCCAAUGCUCCCUUACUGUCCAGCCUUCAAUUCCAUUGUUUUUAUCAAGUCUAAAAUAAUCUGAAUGGAAGUGAUGUAGGUCCAUUAUAAUCUUUACAAUUUUGAGUUGGUUUGAGUUAAUUUAUAGCAUUGAGUUCUCAAAGUCUGUCACAUACCUGGUUCAAGUUGAAUUGCAAGAUCCAAAGGGAUGGUAUUGAAAUGACAAAAUAAUCUCUGAAUCCAUGCAAUUUUCCAUUUAUUUAGCUGAGCAUUUUAUUUAGUCCUACCACUCCUACUAAAACAAUAUUUAACUCUCAAAUUGGCCUGAUAGGAAUCCUUUUUCUCUUUCUUAUGUUUGACACCCCUGGUUUCCUAAGGUACAUUUAAGUGAAAUGAUCACUUAGUUGUGAAUUAUUAAAUGUCAGUGUGAGACUAAAUGAAAUGUUGACUUGAAUGAGGAUCCUGCCCUCAGACAUUAUUUGAAAUGAGACAAUAUACCUGUGGAAUGUAUCUAAUGCAUACCAAGUCCAUAUACAUUACAAUUACAUUUGGGUUGUAUUUGUCUGCUUUUGCCAGUCGAAGUUAGCUACUGGAUUCGCCCUUGUGUUAAAUGUUGUAAGCACAUGGUACGUGAAGUUACCAGACAGCAAAUUGAGCCAUAUCUAUAUAAUGUGAUAAUCUCCUUAUGUCUUCCUGACAUAACAGAGUUGAUGUGUGAUGUGUGUCUGUGUCGUCCUCAGUCUAUUUUCUUCAUGAGUGAUGUGAUCUGAGAGCGUAUGUCAACCAGGUAUAAUUGACGGGUGCUAGAGUAGCAAAUAAUAAACCCGAGCCGUCAACUUUGGCUCGGCCCACUGUCUUUAGGGAGGAGUCCAUGUAUAAUAAUGCAGUUUUCCUCUAUGCUGCUAACAGCUUUAUUUUCUCCACUGUCCCUGCUCCCAUACUGGGCUCCACCCGUGGUCCUCUGCGAACGCAUAUCACCUUAACAUUUUAAAUGAUCCGCUUCAGUGGUGCCAUUCGUUUCAUUCUUACAUAGUCGAGUUUGUUGGUAACAAUUUGACUCUACACAAGUAAAGUCCAAACCUAGUUCCUAUGUUGCAAUUCCUGGUUGUAUAAAUAUGACGAAGCACUCAAUUCUCACGAUGUGCUGUCCAUUCUGUUGAACAAGAAACUUGUUCAGGAAACCGUACAUAUUCAAUUUCUGCAUUAUUCAGACUGGGAUGUAGAUUGGGAGGGCAGGUCAAUAUUACAUAUAUUAAUAAUGUAAUAUUGACCCCCCCAACCCCCCCCCCCCCUUCCUCGGAAAGUGUGUGAAAUCCAUUUGCCCCCCAAUAUGCAAUACAAACCUAUGCCCCUGUUUUCAGGAUACAGAUUAGUGUGUUUAUUUAUUUUUGUAUUUAUGUAUUUAUUUGUGUUGCAUUGAAUUAUUUAUUAUGAGUUAAUUUAAUUGAUGAAUGUCUUUAUCUGACUGAUGUUAUGCUGAAUCUAUUGCAUUUCUAGUUUUCUGUAUGCAUACAAUGUCAUCGAAAACAAUAAAAAAAAAAAACUGUUUUCUGUA